GCCCCGGGAGGAAGAGCCGCGUGAUGUGUGGGCCAUAAUGGUGGACAGGUAGGGAGCACGCUCCAGCUCGUUACCAGCGGCUGUCUCGGAACCUUCGAUAGCCGCCCGGACCGAACCACCGCCCGUCUGAACCACCGCCCUGGACCGCAACAAAAUGCCGAAUAUCAAAAUAUUCAGCGGCAGCUCCCACCCGGACCUGUCCCAGAAAAUAGCAGACCGCCUCGGACUCGAACUGGGGAAGGUUGUGACGAAGAAAUUCAGCAACCAGGAGACGUGCGUGGAGAUAGGGGAGAGCGUGCGUGGGGAGGAUGUCUACAUCGUGCAGAGCGGCUGUGGGGAGAUCAAUGACAAUUUGAUGGAGCUGCUGAUCAUGAUCAACGCCUGCAAGAUUGCCUCAGCCUCCAGGGUCACGGCUGUCAUCCCCUGCUUUCCGUACGCCCGGCAAGACAAGAAGGACAAGGUGGGGAGCCGCGCUCCCAUCUCUGCCAAGCUGGUGGCCAACAUGUUGUCGGUCUCAGGCGCCGACCAUAUCAUCACUAUGGACUUGCAUGCCUCACAGAUACAGGGUUUCUUUGAUAUCCCGGUUGAUAAUUUGUAUGCAGAGCCAGCUGUGCUCAAAUGGAUCAAAGAGAACAUCCCUGAAUGGAAAAACUGCAUCAUUGUCUCACCUGAUGCAGGAGGAGCCAAGAGGGUCACCUCCAUAGCGGACAGGUUGAAUGUGGACUUUGCUCUUAUUCACAAGGAGAGGAAAAAGGCCAACGAGGUGGACCGUAUGGUUCUGGUGGGAGAUGUGACAGAUCGGGUUGCUAUUCUAGUUGAUGACAUGGCUGACACAUGUGGCACAAUCUGCCACGCUGCUGACAAACUUAUUUCUGCUGGUGCCACUAAGGUGUAUGCCAUCCUGACCCACGGCAUCUUUUCCGGGCCAGCUAUCUCACGCAUCAACAAUGCCUGUUUUGAAGCUGUGGUGGUCACCAAUACAAUCCCUCAGGAGGAAAAGAUGAAGCAUUGUCCCAAAAUACAGGUUAUUGACAUCUCCAUGAUCCUUGCAGAGGCCAUUCGUAGAACUCACAACGGCGAGUCUGUGUCAUACCUGUUCAGCCAUGUUCCCUUGUAACGAAUGGUGUUUACCAUCAACUGUGUGCUAUUAACACCAAAUAAAAGAAGAGGGAAUUCCCUAACCCAAACACAACCAUUAACAAAGAUGUUCUGCUGAUUAACUAUAAAAAAGAACUGUCAUGUCUGUUACUAAUGCUGACCCCACCCCACUCGAGACCCUUCCCUUUUGAGCGGUGACCCUUCAUGUACAGGGCACCAAAGCAGUCACGAGCGUUCAGAUUUAGGCUGGCAUAUUUAUUGUAUAUGGAUAAAUAAGUAUUUAUCCACUGUGAACUUUGUCCUUCUUUCCUAACAUUUUAGGUAGUUUCUCCUGACCAUUUUACCUCACCAGGAGUUGUGUCAAUCUGUUUUCAAAGAGUUUAAAUGAAUAUGCCCCUGGCAGGUUCCAGUGGUCAGGAGAAGCAUCUGGCAUUUAAAGCUGUUACAGUGAACGAGUGUACUUUUAUCAUGUUGCUCUGAUUUCCUCUGCUGUGUGAAAGACAAAAACUGAUGAAGUGAAUGUGUGGAAAUAGUUUACAGUGAAGCUCCACUCAACCAAGAGUGCCUCAAAAGUCUGAAACAAAAUUACAUUUUCCUCUUCUUUCCCUCCCUCCCUGAAUCUGCUGUUAAAUUUUUCACUGGAUGAUGAAUGUUCAUGUGUCUUAGCAGGCUGCAAACAAUAUUUUGGGAUGUUUCUUUCAACUCUUGAGGUGCCCUCAUUGAGUGGGGUUUGCCCAGUGUCUGAGAUUUACCCUUCAAGGGUCUAUGAAGAAGAUCUAUCUUUAGAAACGCUGUUGGGUUUUUAGCUUGGGGUCUCUGCAGGCUGGAGCUUCCUUCAGAAAUGUUCACCUGCUGUUUCAUUGUUGUUGUUUUUUUUGUUUGUCUUUUUUUCAUUUUGUAUGUCUGGAGGAAGGAUUUGUCAUUAUUGUGCAUAAUCCAAACCUUUGUGUUACUUUUUCAGUUGGGUGAAUGCGCCAGUUAUUUGAGGAUGCAUUCUUAAUAAAAUAUCCGUUAAUCUUAAA